AUGCACCUCAAUGUGCUCAGUAUUUGGGGCAUCAUAGGAACGGUGGUGGUAGUGACCCUGCUAUAUGUCAUCAUCAACGUCGUGUAUCUCCUAGUAUUCCAUCCGCUUGCGAAAUUCCCCGGGCCAAAACUGGCAGCCGUGACUCGCCUGGUGCAUUCCUAUCAUUUACUCUCGGGGUCCGUGGUCCGAUUUGCCCAUCGAGCACACGAAAAGUACGGCCCGGUCGUACGGAUCGCACCGGAUGAGAUCCUGUUCACCUCAAGCAAAGCAUGGGAGGUGAUCUACGGGCUGCAGCCCGGUCGGCUCGAGAUGAGCAAAGAUACUCCGCUGUUUCGUGGUCCGCGAACGCCUCAUGCCAUUGUCACAGCCGAACACGACCUCCAUCGACUCUACCGACGGCUGCUCUCGAAGGGGUUUUCGGAUGCAGCACUGAGAGAACAGGAACCCGUGAUACAGGGCAAGAUUGAUCUGUUGCUCACACAGCUUCGGGGGGAGGCAUCGAAGGGAGUCGCGCCGGAAUUGACCUCCUGGUUCAAUUUCUUCACAUUCGAUCUAAUUGGAGAGCUCGCUUUUGGAGAGUCUUUCGGGUGCCUGGAAAGCUCCACUUAUCAGCCAUGGGUGGCCAUGAUCUUCGAGGUCAUGAAGUACCGGGGCUUCAUGCAGGCCCUCAACUAUUAUCCAUCAGUUUCCAGCGGGCUGUUAAAACUUCUGCCCAAAUCUUACGCCGAGACGUUUGCCACCCACAAGCAGCUGACCCAUGAAAAAGUCCAGCGACGGAUCGAGAGGAAGGUGACCUAUAACGAUUUGACCGCCAGUCUUCUGAAUCCAGAACAUAAACUCGAGCGAUACCAAAUUGACGGCAACUGCUCGACGCUCAUCAUAGCCGGCAGCGAAACCACCAGCGCCGCCCUGAGCGCUACCACCUUCUACCUCACCCAGAACCCGGAAGCGAAGGCCAGGGUCAUCCAGGAGGUUCGCACCACCUUUUCAAGGCGGGAGGAUAUCACUUCCAUCAGCGUGAAUAAGCUCAAGUAUCUGCCCGCCUGCUUUACCGAAGCUAUGCGAAGAUUUCCGCCCGGACCUGCCGUCUUCCCCCGGCGGGUCCCUCGAGAGGGCGCCUGGAUUGCGGGUCAAUGGAUCCCGGGGGGCAUGCAGGUUGGCAUCUGCCAUUAUGCAGCCAAUAACUCGCGUCUCAAUUUUCAGGAUCCCGAGAAAUUUGUCCCGGAGCGAUGGUUGGGCGAUCCGGUGUACGCAAAGGACGAUCGGCAUGCCAUGCAGGUCUUCAGUGUCGGGCCCCGGAACUGUCUCGGUCAGAGUUUGGCUAAGCUGGAGUUACAUCUCGUAUUGAGUCGCUUCAUCUGGGAGUUCGACUGGGAACUAUCCCCGGAGUCGGAGAAUUGGGACCGGGACACCCCCGUCUUCAAUACCUGGGGAGUGAAACCUCUGCGGGUUUUCCUCACCCCGGCUAGGCGCUAG